ACUGUUUUCAAGCUGUAAACCUUCAUUGCCACACUGCUGCAUAUAAAAAACAGUUGAGUCAUUUAAAACAAGCGAUAUGAAUAUCCAUCUGAGAUGUUUAUAGUGUCACAGAUAGGUUUCCAGCACAUGCAAGCGUUCAGAGACAGCUGUCUCAGAAAACAGGGUCACUCAAACGUUACACCAUGGAAUUGUAUUAAUGUAUAGAGAAAGAUGACAUGCUGUAAAUAUGUAAACAAUGCAUAUAGAAAGCAGUAUAGAGGGCAUCACAUGACAACGCAAAUUUUUACAUCAUAAUGUAUUAUACUGGCAAUAAACACAUUUAUAUUGCUGUUUCUGCAUAUUUAACUACCGAGUUUUGAUCAAUUAUGCAAGAUUUGUACCUGCUGCAAUUUACAUAAUAUUUAUGGAAAUUCAGAAUUAAAAUAAAAAUUUGCUCACCGUUUAGACCAUCAAGUGGUUCCAAACCAUUAUAAGUUUCUUUAUUCUGUGGAACAAAAAGAAGAUGUUCAGAAGAAUGUUACAACUUAUUGACAUUCAUAGCAAUAAAUGUCAAAAGUUUCAAACAUUUUUCAAAAUAUCUUCUUUUGUGCUCAACAGAAGAAACUUAAAUUAAAGGUUAAGCAAAUGACAGCAGAAUUACAUGUAAAAGAUAUUUGGGUCAACUGUCUUUUCAAGUGUUGGUAAACCGGGUUAGGAAAAAAUGGUUUCCACAAACAUACAUAAGUCUAGCUGUCCCACAUUUCCUGUUUCUUGGCUCACAUGCAAAAAAAAAAAAAAAAAAGAUCAUGUUGCAUCUAAACCAGACAUGCUCUAAUGAAUCACAUGCAGUGAAGGCAGAUAUAUUUAUAAGGGAAUCAGUUUGUUUACUGUGUGAUAUGAAAUCAAGACCUCUUACAGACUCCUCAUAAAGCACACAGCAGCAAUUGCUGUAGAGAGGAAGAAGCAGACACGCAUGCAACACAUUCAGCCUAACUGUUGAUAUCCUGCAGAAGGUGCAAAAUGGCAGCAGCCAGAGUGACAAUGGCAGCAUCAAGGACAACAAGCAGAGAGCUGGAGGACUACAGUGCUUAUGCACAUAUGUCAGAAGAACAGCUGUUGCAGUUAGCUAUUGAACGUAGCCUGGCUGAAACAAAUUUAUCUCCAUGGCAAGAUCGGCAAGUGCAGGCCCACACACAGCCAGCUGUCCCUAAAGGUGCACAAAGACCUCCAGCCAACCCUAAUUCAGCCAACCCACCAAGUGAAAUUAAGAAAACAAAGAUCGACAGAGAUGUUCAAGAUCAUAUUUUUAGUAAAGACAGUGACAAGGUAAUUGCAUGGACAAGACACAAUGGACACCUGCGGGUCACAGUGCAAACUGUAAAUGAUUUGGACCCCUUUCUCUCAGCUAUUUGGAAGGGAGAUGCAAAGACUUUACAAGACCUCGUUCAUAGCAAAUCUAAAUAUCUCGAAGAGCCCAAUAAAGAUGGCUGGUUACCGCUUCAUGAAUGUGCCUGCAACGGCCAUGUGGAGUGCCUUAAGGUUUUGCUCAAAGCCAAACCAGAUACAAUCAACAAAAGAACACACAGAAAUCAGACCCCGCUCAUUCUGGCUGUGGGUCGCAAGCAUGUUGCUUGUGUCGAGCACCUUUUGGAGCAAGGAGCUGAUCCAAACAUUGCGAAUAACCAGUGGGAGACCCCAUUGUACAAAGCAUGUGAGAAAGGUAAUGAAGAGAUAGUGGAACUUCUAUUGAGAUAUGGAGCUACACCAACCAAAGCCUGCGUUCAAGGUUUAACUCCACUACAUGAAGCAGUGAGGAACAAAAUGUUGGAGAGUUGUAAGAUGUUGAUACACGCAGGGGCAAAGCUGUGGGCCCAAAAUGUUUAUGGGAUUGACUCUUUGUUUACAGCUGCUCAGUGUAACGCUGUCGAUGUGCUAAACUACCUUAUACAUAAAGGAGGUAAUAUCAAUUCCAAGGCUAAUGAUGAUGCAACAGCCUUGUUUGAGGCCUCCAAGAAUGGUCAUGUUCAAGUUGUCAAGAUCCUCCUGUCAAAAAGAGCCGAUGCUAACAAAGCCAACAAAUCUGGAUUGCUUCCUAUUCACAUCGCAUCAAAGAAUGGCCAUGAGAGCAUUGUCGCCAUGUUAAUUCCUAAAACCAGCACAACCAAAGUGAGACGCUCCGGCAUCAGUCCCCUUCAUUUCGCAGCUGAGCGUAACAGAGAUGACGUUCUAGAAAUACUGAUUGAGGCUGGAUAUGAUGUCAAUGCCAUGCUCUCAGACGACUGGUCAAAACUGCAUGAGGAUCGCCGCAGCACAGCUUUAUACUCGGCUGUGGUGAACAGAAACAUUGAGGCCGCCAUUAUGCUUUUAGAAGCUGGUGCUGACCCAAACCUGGACAUAUUCAACCCUCUGCUUGUGGCUGUGAGGAAAGGAAAUAUAGAAAUGGUGACCCUGUUGGUGAAGUACGGUGCCAAUGUUAAUGCCAUGCUGCCCACUCAUCCCACCAGCUUCCCAGCAGCUCUGGUUUUCUGCAUGAGGUACAUUAUGAUGAUGAAGUAUCUUCUGGACAAUGGCUGUGAUGCACUGGCAUGUUUUAAAUGUCAGUAUGGAAGUAAUCCUCAUCCCCCUUUAAAACCAAGAUCAACUGGAAGAGAAACAAUGUACUUAUUAAAUGAAGAUCCAUCAGACUACUGUGUACAGUUUUGUGAGAUAAUCUCUGCUCCCUCAGUCAGUGGUUUGGUUGGACCCAUUAUUGACACUUUACUUAACUACGUGGGUCACGUUAAACUCUGCUCUAGAUUAACCGAACACCUAGACAACAACAAAGACUGGGCUCAUGUAAAAGAAAAAGCAGUUCUUCCAUGCACAUUGAUGAAUCUGUGCAGAAUAAAGGUUCGCCAACAACUCGGAGUCCACAGACUGCAGCAAAUCCACACUCUUCCUCUACCAGCAAGACUAAACAAGUUCUUGAUUUAUGAACGAGAAUCAUUUGAGGGAAUCCUGUCAUAAAAUUCUGUGCCAUUUUUCAAUAUUUACAAAACAUGUUGUCUUGAAUUCUUUUGGUACAGACAUACAGUUAGUUAUAACAAAUUUAAACGAUGAAUUAAAUGUUUAAAAUCAAAUUUGAAAAUGAAACGUUUACUAUUUUCAAUUUGCAUAGCUAAUUAUUUUAAUUCAUGCGUGUAAAUGUAAAUAACAUAUUAAAUGUAUAUAGUAUACAUACUGUAUAAAAUGUCAAAAGAGGCACACAAUUUGAUAUAAAUCAAGUGCUGGCUAUGUAUUUUUACUUGCAUAAACAAAUGUACUGUACUUGCACUUUAAGAUUUUUUGUAAAUAAUAAUUGGAUUCAACAAUAAUUAAAAAUUUCGGGUAUUAAAACUGCAAUGAGCAAAAAUUGUGUCACAACAAUUUGAUUUUGUAAUAAAUGUGAUGGCAUGGGUGUGUAUUACAGUAUAUGUUUAGUCUAUAGCACAUUCAUAUGUUUGAGGUUAUCAGUAAGACACUGAACACUAUAAUGUAAAGAAGUACUUUUGUAGUAAGUAUAAUAGGCUAACACUUAUUUGCAACUAAAUAGAAAGAUGUAAAGCUUUUACACACGUUGGUCAAAAUAGUUACUAUUUUAAUGGGCUCCUGAUUAAAUGACAGUUGUAUCAUUCUCAUAAUCAUGAGUCCAUUAAAUGUUAACAUGUUUUUGUAUGUUAGCAAGAGUGUGGUGUGCGUUAUGAUGUUGAUAUGUUUCGUACGUAUCUUUCAGUGUACAUAUGCAAAAAUGUGCAAUAAACUAUUUUUAAACUA